AGUGAACCCUACGGGAGCCGCGGUGGCUCAGAAACGGUCGCCGCGCGGCGCCGCCGGGGCUGGGGCGCAUGAAUGGGAGCGGAGCUGGGGCGCGUCGGCCCAGGGGACCCGCCUUCAGCGAGGGCGCUGCCGCAGCAUGGAGGACGACGCGCCCGUGAUCUACGGCCUGGAGUUCCAGGCGCGGGCCCUCACGCCUCAGACCGCGGAGACAGACGCCAUUCGGUUUUUGGUUGGGACGCAGUCUCUCAAGUAUGAUAAUCAGAUCCACGUCAUAGACUUUGACGACGAGAACAACAUUAUCAAUAAAAAUGUGCUCCUGCAUCAGGCGGGGGAGAUCUGGCACAUUAGUGCCAGCCCCGCAGACAAAGGCGUGCUGGCCACCUGCUACAACAAGACCGCAGACAGCAAAGUGGUGACCUUCGCCGCCGUGUGGAGGAUGCCCGCGGAGCUGGAGCCCGGCGGCCAGGAGUCCCCCGAGGAUGCUGCAAGCCCCGCACACGCUCUGGAGCUGCUCUGUCACCUGGAGCCUGCGGCCCGCGGCAGCACCGCCUGCGUCGCCUGGGAGCCCGCGGGAGACGGGAAGAGGGUCAUCUCACUGGCCGACAACCACAUCCUGCUGUGGGACUUGCAGGAAAGCUCCAGCCAGGCCAUGCUGGCCAGCUCAGCGUCCCUGGAAGGGAAAGGACAGCUGAAGUUCACGACGGGCCGCUGGAGCCCGCAUCACAACUGCUCCCAGGUGGCCACGGCGAAUGACACGGCCAUCCGAGGGUGGGAUACGCGGACCAUGAGCCAGAUCUACUGCAUCGAGAGCGCUCACGGCCAGCUGGUGCGGGACCUGGAUUUCAAUCCCAACAAGCAGUACUACCUGGCCAGCUGCGGGGACGACUGCAAGGUGAAGUUCUGGGACACCCGCAACGUCGCCGAACCCGUCAAGACCCUGGAGGAGCACUCCCACUGGGUGUGGAACGUCCGCUACAACCACUCGCACGACCAGCUGGUCCUCACGGGCAGCAGCGACAGCAGAGUCAUCCUCUCCAACAUGGUGUCCAUCUCCUCCGAGCCCUUCGGCCACCUGGUGGACGACGACGACCUGAGUGACCAGGAGGAGCGCCGUCUGGAGGAGAAGAGCCAGGAGCCCCCGCAGGACAGUGUCAUCGCCACCUACGAGGAACACGAGGACAGUGUGUACGCCGUGGACUGGUCCUCAGCUGACCCCUGGCUGUUCGCCUCCCUGAGCUAUGACGGGAGGCUCGUCAUCAACCGCGUGCCCCGGGCGCUGAAGUACCACAUCCUGCUGUAAGCGCCGGGCUGCUGCGGGACUGCAGCCGCGGCGUGUGGGGCCCAGGCUUUCCAGGCAGAGCCCCGUCAGACGCAGGUGCCCAUGAACAGUGACAGGGCUUCUGCCCGCUGGCCUCUGUGCCUGCCAUCUCUGCCCCGGAGACCAACACAGGUGCCCAGGCCGAGCGGGGCGCACGCGCUCCUCCUGCUCUGAGGGCUGUUGGGCGUUUCCCUGUGAUUUGUUUCCCUGACGUCGACUUCAUCUUCUCGCGAGAGUAAAUGGAAUAACAGCA